AAGAAGAAUGAUUACCGGAAAUGACUUAAAGACUUCCUCGUUAAUGCUAGCUUGAAGCUAGGUUAGCAUUAACACUGUGUAGUCUGUUUUGUGAUCGUAGCCAUGAAUUAAGGAGUACACUGUCGAACUCGGUUCCGUUAAACGUCACGUGGCUGGUUGGACAGAGAAGAGUCAGACAUGUAUGCCUCUGGGAAAUACAGCUCGCGGGGCCCUGCUCUUAUCCCGCGGAUGAAAACCAAGCAUCGCAUAUACUACAUCACCCUCUUCUCUGUGGUGCUGCUUGGACUAAUUGCCACCGGGAUGUUUCAGUUCUGGCCCCACUCCAUUGAGUCCACCGCCGACUGGACACUCGAUAAACGCAGUGUCCACGAUGCACCUCUGGUCCGCCUGCCUGUGUCCAGUCCCAUUCCUGAGAGGGGUGACCUCAGCUGUCGCAUGCACACCUGUUUUGAUGUGUACAGAUGUGGCUACAAUCCAAAGAACAGGAUCAAGGUCUACAUCUACCCUCUGCAGCGGUUUGUGGAUGAACUGGGGGUUCCCAUCAGCAGCACUGGACUGUCUCGUGAAUACAACGACCUGCUCAGUGCAAUCUCCGACAGUGACUUUUACACUGAUGACGUCACCAGGGCUUGUCUUUUCAUCCCAUCUAUUGAUGUGCUGAAUCAAAACUCCCUCCGUAUCAGAGAGACCGCCCAGGCUCUGGCCAUGCUACCCAGAUGGGACAAAGGGAUGAAUCACCUGCUUUUCAACAUGUUACCUGGAGGUCCCCCAGACUACAAUACUGCCUUGGAUGUUCCCAGAGACAGAGCGCUGUUGGCUGGAGGCGGUUUUUCUACGUGGACCUACAGACAAGGUUAUGAUGUCAGCAUCCCAGUUUACAGCCCACUGUCUGCAGAUGUUGAGCUGCCUGAGAGACAGCCCGGGCCACGGCGCUACUUUAUUCUGUCUUCUCAAACUGCCAUCCACCGAGAGUACCGCGCUGAACUGGAGCGUUUGAAGGAAGAAAAUGGAGAAGCGCUGCUCCUCCUGGACAAAUGUAGCAACCUCUCCCAGGGAGCCGCCUCGGCACGAAAACGCUGCUACAAGGGGCAGGUGUAUGACUACCCACAGAUACUGCAGGAGUCUUCAUUUUGUGUGGUUUUGCGUGGGGCACGUUUGGGUCAGGCUGCCCUCAGUGAUGUGCUGCAGGCCGGCUGUGUCCCUGUCAUCCUCGCUGACUCCUACAUUCUACCAUUCUCUGAAGUGCUUGACUGGAAAAGGGCGUCUGUGGUUAUUCCAGAGGAGAAGCUGUCAGAGAUGUACACCAUCCUGAAGAGUAUUCCUCACAGACAAGUUGAAGAGAUGCAGAGACAGGCACGCUGGUUCUGGGAGGCCUACUUCAGCUCCAUGAAGGCCAUUGGCUUGACAACACUCCAGAUCAUCAACGACCGCAUCUAUCCAUACGCUGCACGCACUUAUGAGCAGUGGAACAAUCCACCUGUGGUGAAGUGGUCCAGUGUGAACAGCCCUCUGUUCUUGCCACUUAUCCCACCAAGGGCACCUGGAUUCACAGCAGUGGUGCUGACCUACGAUCGCGUUGAGAGUCUUUUCCGGGUCAUCACAGAAAUCUCCAAGGUGCCCAGCUUGGCUAAGCUGCUGGUGGUGUGGAAUAACCAGAACAAAAGUCCUCCUGAGGAGUCUCUUUGGCCAAAGAUCGGCGUUCCUCUCAAAGUCGUGCGAACCAAAGAGAACAAGCUGAGCAACCGCUUCUUCCCCUACGACGAGAUCGAGACAGAAGCCGUGCUGGCGAUCGAUGACGACAUCAUCAUGUUGACAUCUGAUGAGCUGCAGUUUGGCUACGAGGUUUGGAGGGAGUUCCCAGACAGGCUGGUGGGAUACCCAGGCCGGCUGCACCUCUGGGACCAUGAAAUGGGGAAGUGGAAGUAUGAGUCAGAGUGGACCAACGAGGUCUCCAUGGUCCUAACUGGAGCCGCCUUCUAUCACAAGUACUUCAACUAUUUAUACACAUACAAGAUGCCAGGAGACAUCAAGAACUGGGUGGACGCUCACAUGAACUGUGAAGAUAUUGCCAUGAACUUCCUGGUGGCGAACAUCACAGGCAAAGCCCCCAUAAAGGUGACCCCCAGGAAAAAGUUCAAGUGUCCCGAGUGUACUGCCAUUGAUGGACUGUCCCUGGACCAGACACACAUGGUGGAGAGGUCUGAGUGCAUCAACAAGUUUGCAUCAGUUUUUGGUACGAUGCCUCUGAAGGUGGUAGAACACCGCGCAGACCCGGUGCUCUACAAAGACGACUUCCCGGAGAAGCUCAAGAGCUUCCCCAACAUCGGCAGCCUCUGACCAGCCAGCAACAGAUGUUUGGAGCCCUCACAGCCAAAACUUCAAGAGUUGUCAACAUCAUCUUUUAUAUCUAGACGUCAGUAUUCAGACUAAAGUGGCUUGUGUUCUUGUCACCUCUCAGUUCAAGUGACUUUCACUUUGAUCUUUAAAGUGAACUUUAAAUGCAGAAUUGUACAUGAAGUUGAUACCUUAAAUGACAGAGGACAGUAAAAUCUGGGUAUGAUGAGAGUUAUUUGUCUAUUGGGCUUAAAAUAAAAGAUAUUUUCUAUCGGUUACCAACACUAAUAUAACACAAACUGCGGUAGAAAGGAGGUCACUUGUUUGACAGGCUGACUGAUCACAGGCUUGUGGUCCCUCACUGUUAUUGUUUCAGAGCUGGAAACUUGGGGCUCCUGCUACUCUAAAAAUCAACGUAUACAGUGUAUAUAUUUGUAUUUUGCAGCAGUGCUGUAUAAUAGUCAUAAUUUAUGGUGCUCCAAUAAGGAUUCUCUAUUUUAAAUUCUUUUUUUUUUUUUUGGCUUCUUUUCUUUCUUCUCACAUGGAUCAGAUUCUUUUAGCUAUUCUGUAUGAAAAGAAAAAUAAAUGUUUAACUUACAUUAUAUAUAUUGUAAAUCUAUGUAGUCUAACGGACACGCAGCAUGGUGGCUAACAGAUGAUGUACAGUAAAUGUGUCGCACACGGUUUACACAAUCAGAUGGGAUUGUUAGACGAAGUUGGCCAUAAAUCUAAUAUUUAGAGUGAGUAACUGCUGAUGUAAAACAAAAAGAUGCUAAGCUACUGGAACAUCUUGAAUUGUAAUUUUAUACUGCCUGAGCAAACAUUUCGUCAUAUUUAUAUAGCUCUAUAUAUAUAUAUAUAUAUAUAUAUAUAUAUAUAUAUAUAUAUGUGUACAAGCACUAGUAAUUAUUUGUUUCCCAUGCAUUUGAAGACCUAUUGUACAAUGAAUAAUAGAUAACUGCCAAAUCCACACUUUUACAAAAAUUUUUUUUUUUAUUUUAUUUUACCGGUUACCUGUUACGUGUGUGUGUGUGUGUGUUUUUAUUUUUGUCUUUUCAUCAUUAGUUCUUCCAGCUUCAGGAUUUAUGCUGUAACAUUGAAUCUUUAAGAUGUUAACAUGGCCUUGUGAUGUUUUUAUUUGCCUUUUUUUAUUUUCAUAAGGUCAGUGAAAUUGUUUUUUUUUUUGAGUUUCUGUAUCUAAGUGUAUAUAUGACUUUGUAAUACAUGAUAAGUAAAGACCACACUAAUACA